UUAUUUCCGCGUGUGCAGGAGUCGAUUCAAUCUUUUUAGGACUACAGGCCUGCACAGGGGUGAAAAUGAAGUUCCUGUACGUGCUGCUGAUCUUGGGGAUCGCCGCUUCUGUUGAAGCCGGUGGAUAUGGAAAACGCCCCCGCCCUCGACCAAGGCCUAUUUACAAAGGCUAUGGUAAAGGAUACGGUAAAGGAGGCGGUGGCGGCGGUGGUAACUGGGGUGGCUACGACAUGUACAGUGCUGGUAUGGGUGGAUAUGGAUAUGGAAUGGGAGGAGGCGCAUAUGGAUAUGGAAUGGGAGGCGGAUACGGAUAUGGAAUGAGCGGUAGCUACUAUCCCAGCAUGAGUUAUGGAGGUUAUUAUGGUGGAUCAUAUCCAUCCUACUCUGGGGGAUACUACAGUGGAUACCCAUCGUAUUCCACUGGAGGUGGAUAUUACAGUGGGUAUCCAUCGUAUUCCACUGGUGGAUAUUACUCUGGCGGAUAUCCUUCCUACAGUGGAGGCUAUUAUUCCGGUGGCGCCUCCUACUAUCCUUCCUACUCCUCUGGUGGAUUUGGUAGUGGAUUUGGACUUGGUGGAGGUGCUGGAUUUGGUGGAGGUGCUGGAUUUGGUGGAGGUGCUGGAUUUGGCGCUGGUGCUGGAUUUGGUGCAGCUGGAGCCGCUGGAGCCGCCGCAGCUGGUGUCCCAGUGUCCGCUGGAACUUCUCUAGCUACUGCCAUUGGUUCCAUAGGAACAUUUGGAACUGCCGGGCCCGCUUAUGCAGGUUAAAGAAAUACACCACCCGUGAUAAUAGUUGUUCUGAGAGAGUUGCUGGUCAUCCUUAUAUUUUUACAUUAAAAACCAACUUGUGAUUAAAUAACCCUUAUACUGUU